CCAAAAUUUGCGCCACCUCAACAUUAUAUCCCGCGGGUGCGAAAAAUAUGCGAGAACGAAGCGCAGAACCCCCGAAAUCACGCAAAGGAAAAAGCAGCAGCAGAAAUGGUCUCGAGGAAAGAAGAAGAGGACGAGGAAGAAAAAGAAGAAGUAGCCGAGAUUUCCUCCGAGUCUAAUCAGAAGGACGAGAAAAACGAGGACUACAACGAAGACGAUGGAGAAGAAGAAGAAGCCGAUCGAGACGAAGACGAUGAGGAAAGCGAGAAAGAAGAGCGUUCUUCCGAAUCCCCACCUUCCGAUCAAGAGCGGAAGUCCCAGAACGUCGCCGCUCUCGUCAGAGGAAACCUUCUUGUAAGAAGACAACCACUUAUUCCACGAAUACUGUCUGUUUCUGAUGGAGCAGCAGUGGCUAGAAAGCCAUUUAAGCCACCAUGCCCAAAGGGAUAUAAAGAUCAUAAUGAAGAGCUCACUCGCCGCCUUUGGGCACGUAAAAGGUUUGUUCCAUGGGGUUCCUUGAGGCCAUCUUUGGUUGCUAUAAGCAACCUUCUACAUACCCCUAGUGUUACGAAUGAUGAUCCUUCAGAAAAGAAUCAGUAUCUGCCACCUGGGAUUGAGCCUUUAGUCUUAUGGCAAUCUGGAGGAUCAGAUGAGGGAAAUAGCAAUUUUGUGCAGAUUGAAGUAGAUCCACUACUUGUUCGUUAUCUUCGACCUCAUCAAAGAGAAGGGGUUCAAUUUAUGUUUGACUGUGUUUCUGGGUUAUCCAGUUCUGAUGGUAUUUCUGGAUGCAUUCUAGCAGAUGAUAUGGGAUUGGGUAAGACUCUACAGUCAAUUGCUGUGCUGUAUACCCUCCUCCGCCAGGGCUUUGAUGGUAAGCCAAUGGUUAAGAGGGUUAUGAUUGUAACUCCUACAAGCCUUGUUAGUAACUGGGAAUCUGAAAUUAAUAAGUGGAUUAGUGGAAAAGUUCAGCUACUUGCUCUAUGUGAAAGCACAAGGGCAGAUGUCCUGUCUGGGAUUGAAAGUUUCCUAAAACCCUGCAGUCCUUUUCAGGUGCUCAUCAUAUCUUAUGAGACAUUUCGAAUGCAUUCAGCAAAAUUUGAAAAGAGCGGAAGCUGUGACCUUCUCAUAUGUGAUGAAGCUCACAGGCUGAAGAAUGAUCAAACAUUAACAAAUCGAGCACUGGCUGCUCUUCCUUGUAAACAGCGUAUCUUAUUGUCUGGAACCCCUAUGCAGAAUGAUCUGGAGGAAUUUUUUGCUAUGGUGAAUUUCACGAAUCCUGGAGUUUUAGGGGAUGCAGCAUAUUUCCGUAGAUACUAUGAAGUGAGUUGAUUGCCUUAUACUCAGUCAAUGUUCAAGAACCCAUGCAUGAACAGGGAACACGUAUACUCUGAUUACACCAGCAUUGUUUCCAAUUUCAUAAUGAGAGAUAGUAAUAAAUUUUCUUCGAAGUUCUAGCAUAUGUUAUGCCAUAGCUACAAAGUUGAUAGUAAAGUGAAAUAACUGAAGCUGGAAUAUUCAAAUGCAAAUCUAAUUUCCAUAAUAUCUUUUUUGAACUUAGUCUAAAAUUUACUAGAAUCUCAAAAGCAUUGAAAUAUUUCAACCUGCAUGCAACUGCGUGCAACUAUCCAAUUGGAGUUAUAUUUUAACAUGAUAUUAGCUUUCUUGACUAAUGUAAGAAGAAAAUAGAAUGUCUAAAAGCUACACCUUGCCAUUUAGCCAGUUAUCCGUAACUUUAUACACCUUAUACUGGAACGUGUAGUUUAAUCAAUCAUUAUCACUAAUAAGAUGAAUCUGUAUUCAUGCUUAAUAGAUAAUCUGAUGCUUGACCUCUCAGGGAUGCCCUGCAAUGCACCAGAGGUACCCGAAGACUAGAUAUGAAGAGAGUUUAUAUCAUAUUAUUCACUUGUUCUCCAUGAUCUGAGAAUGGAAUAGCAUAAAACUUAUGUUGAAGUUAUGGAUAAGUGAUUGGUAUAAAAAUUAUGCCUUGGGUUACUAGGGGCAAGGUAAAAUGGUAGGAACAGGAAACUAAGAAGUUUAAGGCUUUAAUUAAAGGGUUCAUUGUAAACUUAUAACCAGACUACAGUGUAUACCAUAUCACAAGCAGAAAGUACAAAGACAGGAGCAUUAAUAAUAGAAGAAUUUCAGCGAUUAAUAAUAGAAGAAUCAACAUAUGAGUCCCUGUUGAAAGAAAUGACCUAACACAUCAAAUCCAGCAGACUCAUUUCAGUGAUUAAAAUCAACUACCAAAAGAAACUGAAAUCUGAUGAUACAAUAGGGAUCAUUAGCAGCAAAGAGUAAUCAGAAUCAGUGGAGAAAGAAAGAUUAAUCAAUGAAGAGGAGAAGUUCAAGAGUCAGGAAAGGAGGAGCAGCAGGCCAGCUAGCCUAUCUUUUCUUCUCUUAUUUAUGGACAUGACAUGACUCCCAAAAUAACUCUACUUCUAAAACCAUCUGGAUCUACCUACAAAACCAUCUAGCUACCUAUCCUUUUACCGUGUGAGUCUAGGACUUUACAAAUGAGGGAAAAAAACAAAGGACUUUAGCCAAAUGUUACUGUUCACACAAUUAUAGCAUAUAUAACAAGAUAUGCUGAAUCGGUACCGGUAGGCGUACCGGUCGCUUACCGGACUGGCUUGGACUGGUACCGAACCGGUUUGCAUAACACAGCGCGCCGCACGCUCUGCCCAGAGCCCACAUGGGCCCAUAGCUCGCUCCUGCCGCGCUGUGGCAAACCGAUGCGAAUCGACCAGUUUGCACCGGUUUCUAGCUAUACUGAUUCGCACUGGUUUCUAGCUAUACCGGACGAAACUGUCCGGUUCCGGCCAGUUCGUGCUAGUUCUGGUCCGGUAAUAUUGGGUUCCGGCCCCUAUGGGGCGGGAACUAUUCGUUAAUGCUGAAUCAGAUCGGUCGGCGUCGGUACUGGUUCGAUACGGGCUGAACCAGUUGGUAGGGCUGGUUCAGCAUUCCUUGAUAUAUAGUGCUGUGAAAAGUAAUUUUUCAUUAAUAUUGACACUUUUUAAAUAAACAAGCAAUCAAUAAACACUAGAGGCUCAGAACAAAAAUCGAAUCUGAAUAGUUUGAGCAGCCUUUGGUUUGUUUCCUUGAUGCACGAAUAGAUGGAUGUCGACCAAUUAUGUCUUUAAUGUUGAUGUUUGCUUCAUUCAACCCUCUGGAACUCAAAUUGGUGAUUGCAAGCUUUUUGAGCCGAUUCUUUCAUCCAUUGUAUCCUCCCUUGUUGCGCGUCCACUGAUCCUCAAUCAGUAUUUCAUUGGUAUCUCCUUCAUCUCUUCAAAAUUUCUAAGUCAUUGGCUUCUCUUAUUAUUUCAAGUUUGCCUUUCCAUCCUUUUGGACUAGACUUCAGGGUCUAGAAGCUUCACUUUAACCUGCAGUGGUUAGAGCCAAAAUUUUUGCAUGCAUUGCAUUAUCACUGUUCUAUGAUCUGCACAAAAGAAAAGGUCAAUCCUAGAAAUAAACAAUUAGAUAUAAGGUUCGCCGUCUCAGUACUGGAUCUCAUACUGGUGCCAUACUAGCACAGUAUUGGUACCAUGGUAUGCUGUAUCGUCAGUACCGAUCGGUACCGGACGAACCACAUACCGUACCGUACCGACAUUCGGUACGCCUAUACUAGUGCGGCACUGGUAUAGGGUUCGGUAUUGAUACGACGAACCUUGAUCGGUACGAUACGAUAUGUGAUAUUUUCGGCAUACUGAGUGUCGGUAUGCCUCCUGUACUAUGUACCGGUACCGAACUAGUACGUAUGGUACGCCCCGUAUCGCCCAGUUUGGGCUGGUACGAAUAUAAACUUCUGGUAGAAGCAUCAAAAUUGCAACAUUGGUGAAAUUGAGGAAAUUGAGAGAUGACAAAUAGCAGCAUCCUGGUAUUCAAUGUAUAAAAGUUGUGGAAGUGAAUGCAAGUUUAAAAUUAAUAGUCUGGGGGCUGUUGUAGGAAAAGUCCUAAAGCAUGAUAAUUAUCAAGGGAAAUUCCAUAGAUAUCUUAGUAUUACUUUGUUAGGUAACUGAAUUUCUUCAAAGACUGAAAAUGAAACCUAGGAACCUAUUAGAUAAAAAUAAAAUGUAAUGCCAGAGUUGCGUUGUCCAUGGGCAAUGUCUGAAUAUUGAUUUUUUUUAAAGUUUGGUGAAAUUUAGUGGAUGUAGUAUAUCAAAUGCAAGAACUAUGUAAAAGGCUAGCAAACAUUUAUGUAUUUAUAUAUCACUUUAGGAAAAUGAAAGGAAGCUACACACAUAUAGGCAAUUAUGUGUAUACAUAAUACAUACAUACAUUCAUAGAUACAUACAUUCAUAGAUCCAUACAUACAUACAUA